CGGCAGUCGCUGUUUGGGACGCUGAGUGCGCGGUUGCUAGUUCUCCGCUCCGGGUUCGCUGUCACAGUCUGUCUCUUCUCGAAGCCUGGAACAGACUGGGCGCGCGCCCGCGUGUGGUGUGUGUGUGUGUGUGUGUUUGUGUGUGCUGUGACUGUGAGGGGGACUCAGGGCAGAGACGUCCCCUCGCUGCCUUUUUUUUUUUGCCUUUUUACCCAAAGGAGGCGGUUCGCACGCUUGCCUUCCUGUCGCCCCGUUGGGAGCGGGGUUUGCGUGUGGACUAGUUCAUCUUUUUUUUCUUUUUAAACUUGUGAGCCCGGUUUUUUCCUAACCUUUUUUUGGACUCAGUGCCGUCUGGGCUGGUUUCCGUGAUCCCUGACUAACCGCUUUCUGCCCGUUCUCUCGCCACCCCCGCCCAGAGUCUCCCCUGCGCCCUCGCCCUUGCCCGGGAGGGUGGGAAGCUUUGUCCCACUCCCUGCCCACACGCGUCUCCGCAGCCGUAGCCGCACCUGCCUCAAUAUGAAUGGGGUCAGCGACCCACCUCUUUUUAUAAAAGAUAUUAAGCCCGGACUGAAAAACUUAAAUGUCGUCUUUAUUGUCCUGGAGAUAGGACGCGUGACCAAAACCAAAGACGGCCAUGAAGUGAGAUCAUGCAAAGUAGCAGAUAAAACGGGCAGCAUCACUAUUUCCGUGUGGGAUGAAAUCGGAGGUCUUAUACAGCCAGGGGAUAUUAUUCGGUUGACCAGAGGGUAUGCCUCCAUGUGGAAAGGGUGUUUGACACUUUAUACUGGAAGGGGUGGAGAACUUCAAAAAAUUGGGGAAUUUUGUAUGGUUUAUUCAGAAGUGCCAAAUUUCAGUGAACCCAACCCAGAUUAUCGAGGACAACAGAGCAGAGGGGCACAAAAUGAACAGAAGAAUAAUUCCAUGAAUAAUAAUAUGGGUACAGGUACAUUUGGACCAGUGGGAAAUGGGGUUCAAACUGGCCCGGAAUCAAGGGGAUGCCAAUUUUCAUAUGCUGGUAGAAGCAAUGGCCGGGGACCUACAAAUCCACAGCUACAAGGAACGGCUAAUAAUCAAACAGUCGUGACCACAAUAAGUAAUGGCAGGGACCCUCGGAGAGCCUUUAAAAGAUGACCUAUGCCAAAUACUCACAUGUAGUUUUUAAACUACAUGCCCUACUUGAACACUUACUGCACUUUUAUUUAUCGUUAACUGUGAAAACUAUGUCCUUUAUCGGUUUCCUUUUCUGUUUUUGGUUUGGUAACAAGAGUGGUUUGUUUUUAUAGCAAAACUGUUAAGCUGCUCAAGUCUCCUGUUGAAGAAUUUGAAGAAUGGGAACACUCUGAAAAGUAGGGGCAUUUAUUUUUAGAGCCAGAAGAUCUAUGGUUAUCCUCUAAAAAGCCUGCACCCAUUUCGUGGGUGAGUUACUUAAGACAUCAGCAUCAUAGCCUCUAUGAGUCUAUCUUCUGUAUACAUUUUGUAAUAUUUAAAAUAAGGCUUAGUGGGAGAUGUUCUUUUGUCUUAAAUUCAGGUAUUGCCAACUGAAGCAAUAACCACUAAAAAAAACACAAAAACUCAGUCAAUGCUAAUAGCAAUUUUUGAGUUGGGACUCUAGGAAUGAUUGAUGUCUUCACUGAGUGACUGCCAUUAAGGUUUUCCAAGGACUGAACCAUUCUAAACUCUUGUUUUAUUACCAAAAAAUAUAUUCUUUGUCAGAAUUACAGAAUAGAAUGGGAACUGUAUUAUAACAAGUAAUUUUUAUAAGAAAGCUGCAUUUAUUUUAGGGUAGUCCUAUUAAUAUUUGUUAUCUACUUUGCGCAUUACACUGAAGGAAAAUUUAAAACUUGAGGCCUUGAAUAUUUAUUUUUUGAAACUACCAUGUCAAAUAUUAACAUGUAAUUUGAGGGAGUUAUAAAGUCAUAAUAAAUGUUGAUUUAAUUAUUAAAAAUUGUGGUGGAUAGACAUUAGAAUGAAGGCAAUUCAAAUUGAAUUCGUGUAGAAAUAUGCAGUCUUAAGUCAGAGAGUCCUAAGUACUUACAGAAACUCAUCCUGGAGUGAAAAUCCUAGGGACUUGCCUUCUUUGAAGAGUGUAUGUAUGUGUGUGUUGUCAGAGUUUCUGAACACAAUUCACAAAGCCUUAUCAGCAAAAGUUAAAUGGCUCUCUCUCUCUCAAGUGAAUACAGCUUUAUUCAGAAAUGUAAAGGUAGAAUUUAUUUAUGUGUUUUAAGUGGUCCCCAGUUCCACUUUUUACUGUAGAGUGGAUAACUGGUAAAUUUUUCUGUUGUUAGAAUUCAGUUCUUCAGUACUAUCUCUUGAAUAAAACGUGCAUUAAUGUUAACAGACCUACCUUAUUUUUGCUCUUUGAAUGAUUUACAAUGGAGAGCCAGCACAUUUUACCGUAGUUGUAAUGGUUGCUUCAGCCUGGCGACUGCUUAGCUCUGUAUUUGUCACUGUCUUUUUUCCCCUACCUAAGUCACAAAAUAAGUAGACUCUGUUUUAUUAAGAACUCCAUAGCCUUUGAGUAUAAAAGUUGGCGCCAGAAUAUUCACGUACCCUAAUUCAGCGUAUCUAACGAUUUCAUUACACGCUGCAUAUUAGGCACUGUGGAGAGUGUUAGAGGUGGAUGAUGACUAAUCUCAAGGAACUUAUUUAUGGUUCAUAGUACUUCAGUAACUGGGGUUUAUGUAUGCUAGAAGUUUUUCCUUAAUCUACUCAUGAUUGUAGCUAAUUUGGCUUUGUGACUAAUAUUUACCUAAGAUGUUCACAAAAUUACAAACGCUUGAAGUAAAAAAAAUACUAAAAUACUAAAAAAAACCGUUUUUAAAAUCUAAGUAGCGGUAGGAGCGAUAAUACUGUAAGCUCUUUAUGGGAGAAUAUAGUGUUAAAGAUGAUUUUAAAAGGAAGAAUUUUGGAGUUUCUGAAAAGUAAACUCUCAGGUUGAGCUCAUUGCUGGGCUUCCAAUCCCAGCCCUGUUGUCUCCUCACCUAUGAUGGUAGGCAAAUUAUGACACUUAAAACCUGUGAGCCUUAAGUUCCACAACUUGAAAAAACAAGUAAGUAAUAUCAUCCCUUUAUAGAGUUAUGGAGGAUUUUCCAUGUAAGUGAUCAGAAUCAUUUCUGGCUACAAUAGGCAGUCAACUGUUUGUCCUCUAAUCAUACCUCAAGAAUAGAAAAAAAUGCAGCGUUAGGUGUGGAAAUACUGUUACCCUUUAACAUGGAUAUUAAAUAGAGAAAGAUCGAAGCUUUUCAUUUUGUAACUGACAUUUGCCUCAGUAAUUUAAUCUUGUUGUUCUGUGUUCUUUAUCAUUUAUUAACAAAUCUCUUUUUUCUUAAGGGAAGCCUUCAAAACCCAAGUGAAUUACAAUCCAUAAUGAAUAUUUGCCCUACCAGUCUGCUUGGACGGUACUCAUCAAGAAGAGGAAGAAAGUUUUCUACCUUCCUCUUUCCUGGUGCUUUCACCUGUGAAUUUUUAAAUGUUUAAACACCUACCGAAAACAAAAAUCAUUUAGUAUAGCAAUACACGCUGCUAGGAUUGGGUCCCAUUUCAUUUUGGCAGAACAGUUCUGAAGAGGUUUGAAGUGUCAUCGGCCAGCUGGCCCCUCCUCUCUGGGCCAGUAUUGGGUUGUUACUACGAUCCAGAAGUUUGUAAGGCCAGAAGAUGAUGGGUAAUAGUGAAGGGUGCAGUGUGCUUUCCCCUAGGCAUUUACACAGGAUUUCCUUUUUUAUUACCAGCUCUUGCUUUGUUCCUGUAGUUUUAGGAAUCUGCUUUAGCUUUGAGGACAGUUUAAUUUGAUGCCCUGAGUAUUUGUAGCACUGAGUACUCGCCACUCAUAUUUUGAUCAUUUAACAUUUUGAAAGAAUGUUUAAUUUGCUGGGUUGAGUAAUAUUAUGCCAAAGGGAUGAUGCUGAAAACAAACAGAUGGGAGGUUAGUAAAAAAGAAUCUUUAGAGUAGAGGUAGCUGGUUAACUAGUCCUGAAAAGUUUUCUCAGAGGUACAGAUUGACUGUUCUACAUCAGUGUGAAGACACAAUGGCAGUUUUAAGUUUAUAUAGAUCUGGAGUUUCAGUUACUGGAAUGACUUCCCUUUUCUGUUAGAAAGUGAUUACUGUUUGCUCCAAGCAAAUUUAGGCUGCUGUGACUCUUAAGACCCUUUUCUCUAAUGUAUUUGAAAGGGUCUAGAGACAACAAACCUUGAAAACCAUGGAAAAGGCAGUAUGUAUCAACAUGGAGCACUUGCCCCCCUUUCCUAUCUGAUGAGUCUUUACGUUUCUGAUAGAAAAGAGGGUGACAGUUCUCUGGUAGGGGUUGGUUGUAUGACGGGUAAAAGCAGAUGUUCUUGGCUGUGGUGGAAACCAGGUUUCGGCCAAUGAUUAAAUGUCAGGGUAAUUAAAACACUCCCACGUUUCGCAAAGAAGUCCUAAUGAUUAACAGUUAAGGUAUGCUUCUGAGGAAAUCUGAUUGUGACCUUUGGAAAACAGCACUGCCAUGAAUGGUAUGUUGUUAGGUCCUCAGGGAGAAGCUUAGGAAAAACAUUUUGCUUUCCAGGUGUAUUCAACUUUUCUCCCAAUUCCUGGAAGUUUGUUUUAUUAGGCACACACCAGACUUUUGUUCAAAUAUUGUGACCAGAUUACUCCAGGUUUCUGAGCUGAAAGUGUCUAAUGAUGUUUCUCAAAGCACAGAUCACAAAGUAAGAAACAGACUGGAGAAAACCAAGUCCGACUGUUCCUAAUAAGCCAUUUAUUUAGUACUUUUCACACUAAGAACAUUCAACCCAAAGAUGUUUUUAAGGGCUGUUUACCAGUAUGAGGUAACUGGUAUGAUGCAGUAAAAUGAGCAUUUUAACAACUUUGGUAGACACUUCAGCCUUUUGAGAGGCCUCGGUAGGUAACCCACAACUGCAGUGUGACUCCCCAAGUUUUAGGACCACGCCAAUCCAAAGCUUGGAGACUAGCUAUUGAACUGCGAAUAGACCCCACAGUCCUCACUAUCACGUGUGCUUACUGACAACCUCAACGUAAGGAGUUGGCCUGGCUUUAGAAACCGGUUCUUUACCAUUUUCAGCCAAAAAAUUUUGUUUUACUCCAGCAAAAUCUUUUGGACGUAGAGUUAGUUCAGUGUCUUGUCCAUAUGUUGACUGUAUGUUGAGUAAAACUGAAGCAAUGGUUUAUAAGCCAGUUGUAGAUUUUCCCCAGGAACUUGUUAGGACUAGGAAUUGGUUCCCUGCUGGACCAGAAGGGGACUUUGUAAGUGUAGGUCUGGUAGAGCAGCUCUUGAGAUAAUGACCCUGAAGAUUUUUGUGUCUUGCCCUUGACAUUUCCCCCAAUACAGAAAUAACUUUGCUUUGAAAUGGCACAUGCAUAUCUCCAUACAUCCUUAGUUUCAUUUAUUAUUGUGAAGCUAGAAUAUACCAAAAUUCUGGUUUGUAAAACAUGGGAAAAUUGUACUUAGAAGCAUAUGUCUCCAAAGCACAGAAUUGAUGGGUAAAGUAGGGUAGUCCCAAGCAGAGUAGGGUUUGAGUAUGGCCUCUAGAUGUGAGCAUUGUUGAGUUUUGAAUUAGGUUCAAAUAGAACUAUUCAAAUUAUGUCCAUACUAAGAUCAGAUUAUUUAUAAUGGAGUCACCUAGCUUCAUUUGGGCCUAAAAGUAAAAAGCUUUUUCACCCUAGGUUUCUGUUGAAUUUUUUACAAGUAGAUUUUAUUAUUGCUUAUCUCAGCAAAGUACAUGUUUACAGUAUCUUCUACCUUCCUCUUAUCUCCCAGAGCAUUCCUCAGCCCCCUACUUGAUUAUGUGGAGUGAGGCUGGCCAAAGUGAAAAGUAGGGUGGUUGAGGCAUGGUAAACAUUCCUAAAAAUGCCCAGUAGAUCCCACUACUUACAGGAUGGCAGUCUUGUUCUGUACAAGGGCAGCUAAAUAUUUUCCACAAGUAACAUGCAAGGCAUUACUUGGUUGCUAUGUGGGGCUAGUCUUGUUUCAGAUACAACCCUAAUAGAGUAAGAUCUCUGACCUAGGUCCUGGGACUAAGGAUAGAAAAGGAAUAAAAAGAGUAGUCCGCACAACUAGUGCCAUCUACUGGGUGAUUAUAGUUUCUGUAGUUUAGGGAUCUGGCUUAACACGUGGGGAAAAGGUUCCAUUCCAUUGGAUAAGAAUUUUUGUCAGAUGGUCUGAGCAUGAUACAGAAGAUCACUAGGGAUUAGUUGGACUGUUUAAUUUUAACGUAUGAACUAGCAACA